AGAGCUGCCUCACAGGGGGGAGGAGGGCAAUCCCUGCUUUUAUUUUUCUUUCCAGACGGCCACAGUUGAGCACAAAAACAAACUUGAACCAGAUGGACUGUGUGUCGACACUUGCGCCAAUGUCCUCGUCUGAAGCGGAGGAACUGAAGAUUUACACCAGAAGAGAUUUUACCUUUUUAUUUUUCCAUUGUUGAAAAAAAGGGAAGGGCUCUGCCAAAAAAACAAAAACAAAAAAAAAACGACCAUUUGGAAAUUAAGUUAUGCGUCAGUGAGUGCGCACUUCACGCAGAGCGCACUGUGAAACUUUAAGAUGUUGGAUCGCAUCGCAUUUAUGGUUGUCCAUGAAUCAGGCUUUAUUUCCUUUGUUGGUGUCAGUUCACUGUGAGUGUCAUGUGUCGUGGCUAAAAAACAACAACAACAACAACUUUAAAACGCACAAAAAACCUGUGGAGGUAAACGUGAGACAGCAUGGGGACCAAACAGAGCAGCCCAGUAUUUGAUGGCAGAACUCGAGCUUAUUCCAGCUCCGAUCUCCCAUCUGGAAACUCCAGCGGGGGGGAAAGGAUUGCGGGGUUCAGGUACACCAAUGGACCAGAUGGCCCCCGGAUCAGGUACACGGGUGGUGGGCCAACAAGCUCCGGGCGUAGUAUACCGGCCAGCGGCAGGUCAGGGUCACACGUACUCAAUCAGAGCCUCGAUGGCACGGAUGGUGACGACGAGGGCCAGCUGCCUCCUGACGGCCACAGGCUCCUCAUAGGGUCCCUACCGGCUCACCUGUCCCCUCACCUGCUAGGAGGCUUCCACUGUCCUGUUUGCUCCAAGUUUAUGGCAUCGGAUGAAAUCGAGAAACACCUGCUCAUGUGUUUCAGCAAAACGCGCCUCACCUACAACAAGGACAUCCUGUCUAGAGACUCUGGGGAAUGUGCCAUCUGUUUAGAAGAGCUGGAGCAGGGAGACACCAUUGCCAGGCUGCCCUGCCUCUGUAUCUACCAUAAAGGGUGUAUAGAUGAGUGGUUUGAGGUGAAUCGCUCAUGCCCGGAGCAUCCCGCGGACUAGGAGCUGCAUGAGUACAGUUUCAGUCAACUGUCCCUGUACCUCACCCCAACACUGUCUGUUCCAGCUGAGCUCCUCAGGGAUUGUAAGACAUUAUAGUGUACAGGAUUUUUCAUAUUGCCUCAUGGAAUAUUGGUGGACUGUGGAUAUGUUUCUCUAGACGUCGUGGGACGUUCAAAAGAACCACUGAUGGAGUCAUUUUGUCUCCAGAAAUAUUAUGUGAAUGUUCCUUAUGCCAUCUGCUGGUCUAAAGUGGGUUCAUGCAACCUGGGAUCUGAACUGAACUGUUUUGCUGAGCAGGGUGUGGUUUUACAGCAGAGGACAUGUAUAACCAAAAUGGUGGGAGACUAACGUCUCUUUCAGCAGAGAUUUAAGGUUCAGAAAACCGAAGGCUGAUGUUGUGCAAUUUAAACAGCCAUACAAAAUUAUAUCAGCUUUAAGGGAUGAUUACAGUGUUGAUGGUGGUUAGGAAAUAGAUAUUAAUUUUAUUGCAAUAUUUGGCUAUCGUUGUUUGUUAAACAAUCAUGUGUCCUAGACCAAAUAGUCUAAUGUGAAAUAGUAUGACUUUGUUAAUCACCAGGCCUUUCAGAACCACAGUAAUGUGAUUGUGUAGUUUAGUGGUGAGAUUAAAUAUAGGCUCAAACAUAUCUAAUGAUGAUUCAUGCUCACUCAAAGGAGUGUCAUAAUAUGCUGCUAUGUCAUAGACUGGAAAGUUUUCUUAUAACCUAUGAACCUUUGUUCAUUGUACUUUCUAUUUGUACUGUAAUGGAUUGCACAAGAAUAAAUGUUUUGUCUUGUC